AUGCGCCUGUAUUUCGUCUGCGCCCUAUGGCUCACUCCCGUCUGGGCCGCCUCGAAAUGCUCUCUCAAGGCGGCUCCCACGGGAGGCGCCCGAGGUUCAGCUGGUAGCGGGUCGGGGACAGCGUCUGGCUCUGCGAGCACGAACUCGGGCGCAUAUAUCGCCGCGGCGUGGUAUGCGGCAUGGCAUAGCAGCGACUUCACACUGUCGGAUAUAACCUGGUCGAGCUACUCUUCCAUGAUAUAUGCAUUCGCAACCACCACGUCGGACGUCAACACUCUUGGGUUGGCAUCAUCCGAUGAAGAGCUUCUACCUCAGUUCGUACAGACCGCUCAGAAGAAUGAUGUCAACGCUAUUCUCUCUAUCGGCGGUUGGGGAGGAUCGCAGUACUUCUCGAGCGCUGUUGGGUCCGCUACGAAUCGAACCGCAUUCGCGAAGACUGUCAUGGCUGCAGUGAACAAGUACGGCCUCGACGGUGUGGAGUUCGAUUGGGAGUAUCCCGCAAAACAAGGCGAAGGCUGCAACAUCGUCGCCAUGGACGACAGCGCCAACUUCCUCGCGUUUCUCAAGGAGCUCCGAACCCAAGAUGGCGCAGACAGCAUGCUGGUGUCUGCUGCCGUCUCCCUCACACCAUUCAUCGGCUCGGACGGCCAACCCAUGAGCGACGUGUCUGCUUUCGCUGAGGUGCUGGACACCAUCGAGGUCAUGGAUUAUGACGUCUGGGGCUCAUGGUCCAGCACUGUUGGCCCCAAUGCGCCUUUGUACGACGACUGCGCGCCCGAGGCCGAAGGUUCAGCUGCAUCCGCUCUCACAGCAUGGACCGGCGCGGGCUUCCCUGCCAGUCAGAUCAUCCUUGGCGUGGCUUCCUACGGCCAUAGCUUCAGCGUCACCAAGUCGUCCGCUCUCCUUGCGAACGGGAGCCUUGCACUUUACCCGUCAUUCAACUCUGCAAACCAACCAGCUGGUGAUAAGUGGGACUCGACAGCAGAUGGCUCUACAGAUAGCUGUGGGGACGAGGACACCGUGGGCGGCGUCUUCGACUUCUGGGGCCUGGUGGACGGCGACUUCCUCGACACAAGCGGCGCUGCGCUCAUGGGGAUUGAUUACAUCUACGACGAGUGUAGCCAGACGCCUUUCGUCUACAACACCACAACUCAGGUCAUGGUCUCGUAUGACGACAUGACUUCAUUCGCUGCGAAGGGACAAUGGAUUCAGUCCAACGGCUUAGCUGGAUUCGCGAUGUGGGAGGCAGGCGGUGACUACAAGGAUAUUCUGCUCAACGCCAUCAGCAGUGGAAUAGGUAUCGACAAAACCAAGUGUAGCGGUUCUUAA